AGGAGCUUGAUCAAUUGGAGUCUAAUGUUGCACUAACACUGUGCCAUAUGGAGAAGAUCUUUCCUCCUGGUUUUUUUACUAUUAUGGUUCAUCUAGUCAUUCACUUGGUUGGGGAAGCUAAACUUGGUGGACCGGUUCACCAUCGUUGGAUGUAUCCUAUUGAGAGGUAUCUUGUGCGCUUAAAGGAAUAUGUACGCAAUCGAGCCUAUCCCGAAGGAUCGAUUGCGGAGGGAUAUAUUGCUGAUGAGUGUUUGACAUUUUGCUCGAGAUACCUUGAAGGAGUUGAAACUGCUUUUAAUCGACCACAAAGGAAUUACGAUAUUAUACAUAAUGCAGAGGAGUACAAGUUCUCAUCUGGUGGAAGAUUUGUGGGGAAAGCUGAAAGUACUGUAGUUCAUCACAAAUUAUUGGCACAGGCACAUCGUUAUAUCUUACUUCACAGUGACUUAAUAUCCGAGUAUCGCAGAGAUUUUUUAGUGGCUCAACGAAGCGCCAACAAUAACAUUCAUCCUACCCCCAGGAUUGAGCAAAGAUGGUUGGUUGAGUUAUUUCCUAAAUGGUUAUUAAAACAGGAUAAUGCUCGUGUGUUUGCAUUGACAGUCGGUCUCUGCUCCAAGUAA